UGUGAUUAUAGAAUAUCCACCUGUGAACUUUUUAAAAUCUAUUCACAAAAAGUUUAAACAAUCAAGUGCGGACAAUCUCUAGAUUAUGAUAAAUAAUAAUUUUAAUUAAAGUUAUCCUUUUUUAUUUGAACUCUCAAAGUGUACGCUUUAAAGCAUCAUUUCUGUCAGUACAUAUAUGAUUUUGAAAUUAGACAUUAUUUAUAUUUUUGGAUAAGUUCAGUGACAAAAUAGUUAUACGAGAAAGUAGUACUAAAUAUAGAGUCGUUUGAUUUUUGUGCUCCUUCUUCUUCUGAGCCUCUGACUAGUUUUUGAUGCAGUUGGACUGAAUGAAUUGGUGAGUAUUUUGCGUCCACGUUAUUUAUUCACUCUGUUGAUUCCGUUCUUGCAGAAAAAAAAAUAUUCUAAGCUUUGAAGUUUUUGGGUUUUCACAAAGAUUUUAUAGUACAAAUAAUGUUUUUGUUGUUUUGAUAAAGACUAAUGUGUGUUUUGCUUAUCGGUUCAUCGAAUAAAUCAACUUUUUUUUUUUAAAUCCCCUCUUAAUUAUCAUGAUAACUUCUAGUUUUGUUUUCGAUUAUUUUUAACUGGGUUUUUGAGUUGGAAAAGAAUUCAACUUCUGAGACUUUUUAUGUUUAAAAGUUGCACCAUGUCAUUUUACUGUCAAGAAUAUUGUUGGUUGGCGUAAUGUAAUUUUUUCCAAAAAGGGAAAUGAUUUUUGGUUCCAAUAGAUUCUGUGCUUGAAGACACACUAUUUAUGCUGUGCAAGUGCAAUCUUUUCUGAAAGGUAAGUUGAAUUUUUCCAAAUAUUCUCUUAGUUUAUGGUUUUGGUUGUUCCCUGGGAUUAAAUAUGGAAAUUACAAUAUUUAAGCAUGUUAUUUUUAUUUAUAUCAUAUUUAUGCAGAUUUGGAGAAAUGUCCAUUUCUAGCUCUGCUCUGUUCUCAUAAUCUUUACAGCUUUUCUAUUGUUGUAUUGGAUUAUAUUUAUUUUAAUUUAUUAUAUUUUCCUUUUAUGGAUGCAAAGAAAAAGGAGGAAAAAUCUUCUGACAGAAGAGAAAGAAACCUCAAAAUCUUUGGUUCACUGAAUCUUUGACCUAGUGCUGUUAGAUUUUUAGUAUUUCUUCACAAAUAUUAGGGUUUAGAUUCUGUAUUUUAGUCGUAUUUCUGUCCGUACGGCACUGGUAGAUUGAGAGCAUUUAUUUUCUUUUAUUCGCUCCAUUGAAGGGUAAUGUUCUAUAUAUCACAUGUUUUCUCUUGGUUUAUGUUUUUAUUUUCUUGGUUAUGAAUUUCCCGUGUUUUUGGGCAUUUUUUCUGAGAGUUGAACUUUGCAAUAUGUAUAUUCUUUGGCAGUGAAUAGAUUGAUGAUGGAUUUUUCUGUGUCCACAACCGCUGUUUACAAUAGAAUCCAGAAACUAGAACCCGAAAAUGCUACGAAGAUUAUUGGCUUUCUUCUUUUACAAGACCAUGGCGAGCAGGACAUGGCUCGGUUGGCUAUGGCUCCGGAACACUUGAUUCACCAAGUGAUACUGACAGCCAAGGCUGAACUUCAGCAGUUGGCUACCAAAUCAGUGUCAUCCCCACUUUCACCUUCCUUUAACCGGACAACAGGUGCUUUCGCACCUUAUUCGCCUAUUUCGUCAAGGCAUUUCUCAUCUCCGGCAGCCUUUCAAGUCCCAACUUCAUUUUGGGAUCGGCAACUAAUUGAUAGGCACAGCUCGGAUUUUAUGCCAUUGGGUUACCCUGACUCUAUUACUGUGCUGCAAAACCAGGCUCAGUUUUUUAGUUUGGAGGAUCAAAUGGAAUCAGUUAAUUCUGAGAUUUCAGGAUUCUCUAACGAUUACUUUUACAGGGAUGCUGAAAUGUGCAGCUUAAGUGCUAGAAAUGGUAGAAGGAUUUCAAACCUCGGUGAUUUUCAAGUUAAGAUAUGUCACUAUUUCAAUAAGGGCUUUUGUAAGCAUGGAAGUAGCUGUAGGUAUUACCAUGGACAAUUGAUUUCUGAUAGCUUCUAUGGAAAUGAUGGCCUUAAUGAUGAUCAUGUUUUGUCACCGGGGUCUCGUGAGAAGUUGGAGUGGGAAAUCACCGAGCUUCUUCGAUCAAGAAGAGGGAUUCCUAUUUCAAUUGCUUCUCUGCCAAUGAUGUAUUAUGAGAGAUAUGGAAAAUCUCUUCAGGCAGAAGGCUACCUAACUGAAAGCCAGAGACAUGGCAAGGCUGGUUACAGUUUGACAAAGCUUCUCGCUCGACUUGGAAACAGUAUUCGGCUGAUUGACAGGCCUCAUGGGCAGCAUGCUGUAAUUUUGUCGGAAGACUCUGCAAAAUACAUGGAAAAUCGGAAUGAGAAAGGUGAUCCUGGUCCUAUUGUUAGCGGUUCGCGACAAAUUUAUCUAACGUUUCCAUCCGAGAGCACUUUCAGUGAAGAUGAAGUCUCAAACUACUUCAACACUUUUGGUCCUGUUGAAGAUGUAAGAAUUCCAUGCCAACAGAAAAGGAUGUUCGGGUUUGUAACCUUUGUCCAUGCCGAUACUGCGAAAACAAUUUUGGUAAAGGGAAAUCCGCAUUAUGUUUGUGGGGCUCGUGUUCUCGUGAAGCCUUACAGGGAAAAAUCAAAGCUUGUUGAUAGAAAGUACCAAGAGAGAAUGGAACCUACAGCAUAUUAUUCUCCGCACUAUACAGACAUGGAAUCCGAGUUUUAUUCGAUGUCAAGAAGCUGUGAUAACUCUAGAUUGUUAAGGAAGAAGCUUUUGGAGGAACAAGAAUAUGCACUUGAAAUAGAGAGGAGGCUGGCAGAGCUGCGUUUUGUGCAAAAGCCUGUGGCCAGUCAGCCGCAAUCUAGUUACUUCAUGGAUGGGCUAAAAGUAUCAGAAGAAUGUUUCAAUAAUCUGUUGUAUGCUCUAAACAGUGGGUCUACAAGUGAUGAUAAACCCAAGCACACAGAAACCAAUUACACUGACCAUGAUAGGGGGUGUCGUUGCUUCAUUUUCCCUUUCAUUGUGGCAGUCAAGGACUUAAUCUCCCGGAUAGCCCGUUUGCAACACGAUAGCUAGUGGCAUUUCAACACUCAUAUAGUUUCAGCAACGCAAAGAUUAUAGAGUUAGGUAACAGUUCAAAUGCAACAUAUUUGGUUUGACAACAUAACCUUCUUUCGUUUUCUUUGGCUUCAUCAACUUUUUGGCAAAGUUUCCUGCAAGUACAUACUGCCUACAGAAGAAACAUUAGAUGACAUUCCUCCCUAUCACGCACGGGUUGACGGACAUAGUAAAGAAGAAUUCGUGGAUACGUAGAAGUAUAUGCAAGAAAGAUUUACAGUUUCUUAGUGUUAAGUCACAGAAAUAAGGCAUGAAAGUGUCUGAUGUAAUAUUUUAGUCUUUUAGUUGAACAAAGGAUCUUAAGAAUAUUUCACGGUUUCAGAAGGUUUUAAAUUUAUUAAAAUCUGUGUCACAUUAAGCAAAGAUGAAAUUGCCUUGAACUAUAUGUUAGGUAGAAAAUAUACCAAUUCUAUAAUUUCAAUCAAAGUGGGUAGUU